AUGGGUUCAAAACAAACUGAAGCGCAUUCUUCCUUUGAAUCGUUUGCCUCCAGCAAAAGGGACGAAAACUAUAAGUCUCCGGAAAGCUCUGAUUGGGAAGGAUAUGCGACUCCUUUGGCUUCAAGUCGUCCUGAUCUACACAUACUACCAGCGAUUAGCAUCGAGACAACAGAAAACGAAGACGGUAAACCAGCUGAGCAAGUUGAACUGACACCUAUUGGCACCCCACGACGUGAUGCAGAGUCACCAAUGAUGGUGACCAGUGUACAAUUAUUAAAGAAUGCAAAGUUCAUCCAAAUGACACAAUUGGAAAAAGGAAAUGAUUCGGAAAUUGAGUAUGACGAAAACGAAGUUGAAAUUGAGGUACCGCGUACCGCUGACUCACUAGAAUUUCUGAACAAAAUUGCCAAAUUCCCCGCUUCUCAAAAUGAAACAGACAAUAACGUCCAUGAGGAAUGCUUCCCCGAAAUAGAAAUAAAAACGGAAGUUGAGCAGUCAGAACUGCUCAUUAUAGAAGUUAAACACAAUGAGAAUACUGACAAAGUUCUGGAACAAGAUAAAGUAAUGGAGACACACGAGUUCUCAUUCAAAGGAGCUACGGAAGUUAAUGAAUCGUCACAUAUUGGAUUAAAUAUCAUUGAGCCGCCUGUUCAAGUUGCUGCUAAUUUCACAUUAUCCGCACUUCCAGCGAUAAUUGAGGAUAAAGAAACGAUAGCAUAUGACGCUGACACUGAAGAAGUGCUGACAGUUCAGAAAAUAUCCGAUGAUGUUCAGCAGCUUGUAGACGCCAUCAAUGCAAUCGAACCUGACGACCCAGUUGAAUUGAGUGCAACGGUAGUCAACACCGGUAAUACUGUGACAAUUCGAGAGAUACAGAAAAGAGUUGUGGAAAUGGCGACUAUUGUCGAAGAUGGUGAAAAUAUUGAGGAGAAAACUAUGCAGCAAAAGGAGCAGAACACAUCACAAAUUUGGAUCGACCCAAACAUUAUUGACGAAAUGGACAAUUUGAAAAUGGAGAAUGAACAGCUCCGCUCACAAAUUGAAGCUAUCGAUCUCAAUAGCAUUGAUAAUCUGUACAAAGAAUACACAAAUGUGCAGAAGCAGCUAGCCGAGGCUAACCAUACCAUCGACGAGAUUGAAAUUGAAGCUGAACAGCAAUACACAGAGAUGACGGCGGAAAUUGAUGAGUUGUGCGAGCUCGUUAUGAAAAAAGAUGAAGAACUCGCAAAACUGAAAGAAAAGAUCGCCACCGCGAUGUCGCACGAGAAUCAAUUAAAGGAUGAUGUCGAUUCACAGCGUGCGAUCGUUCACAGACAAAAGGAAAUUAUUGAGAGUCUAAGAGAGGAAUUGGAUAACAUGACAUUGAAAUACGUGGAGAUGACCAAACUUCGUGACAAGGCUGCUGAAGAAGCAACUUUGAAUAAAAUGAAGAAUGAAGAGAGAGAGAGAUUCCUAGCUAAGGAGGCUCAAAUGUCAUUGGAAAUGGAAGAUUUGCAACGAGAACUUAAUAAGCAGAAAAUGAUUUUGAGCAAUACUAGCAUGGCCAAGAUGAUCGAUUCGUUCGAACGCAAGAUUCUCAAGCUGGAGAACGAUGUUCGCGAAAGAGAUAUCAUAAUCUGCAAGCAAAACCAGUCAGCAAGAGACCAGGUAAAUCCGGUUAAUCGAAUAACGCCUCAUUAUCUGGUUUUGGGUGAGCUUCCAAGCGCUGGAAGCAGUUCGGAAUCGUUUCAAAAUGGCCUCGAUCAUAACGCCAAGGAAGCAAUCUUCAGUUAUCUUAUCAGUGAUCGCCAUAGUCAACUCGCCAAUAUUUAUAGUAUUGGAAGGAUAUUGGAGUUGAAUAAUGCCGAAGAAAGAACAUUGGAAAAGCACCUAACAAAAGAUCGAUUUAACUAA